UAUAUAUUGCUCUGUUUACUUUUUAAGCUACCUUUCUCUAUAUUCAGAUCUCAAAAAGUGUGAGAUGGCAGCACCAUCCACAGCUACCUUCUUGUCGUUCCGAAGCCGGGGGAAUGCACUGCCACAAACAAGGCCUUCGGCCGUAAGGUUUGGCUCCCGAUAUUCACUUGUGAGUUUCAGUGGCCUCAAGGAGGUGACAUCUGUGAACUGUGAGACGGAAUCCUCCUUCAUCGGCAAGGAAAGCAGUACCGCUCUUAGAGGCUCUUUUGCGCUGAAAGCACGGAAAGCAAACCGGGGGUCUCGUUAUGGCUUACAGCUGGUGGCGUCGUACAAGGUGGCUAUACUUGGAGCUGCAGGAGGGAUAGGUCAGCCAUUGGCACUUCUAAUCAAGAUGUCUCCGCUAGUUUCGGCACUGAACCUCUACGAUAUAGCGAAUGUGAAGGGAGUUGCUGCUGAUCUCAGUCACUGCAAUACUCCUUCUCAAGUUCUGGAUUUCACCGGUGCUUCGGAAUUAGGAGAUUGUUUGAAAGGUGCAAAUGUAGUGGUUAUUCCUGCCGGAGUUCCCCGAAAGCCUGGUAUGACUCGUGAUGACCUCUUCAACAUCAACGCCAACAUUGUGAUGACCUUGGUUGAGGCUGUUGCUGAUAACUGUCCCGAUGCCUUCAUUCAUAUUAUUAGCAAUCCAGUUAACUCCACGGUACCAAUCGCUGCUGAAGUUCUGAAGCAGAAGGGUGUUUACAAUCCAAAGAAGCUUUUUGGUGUUACCACAUUGGAUGUUGUUCGAGCUAACACAUUCGUUGCUCAGAAGAAAAACCUCAAACUCAUCGAUGUGGAUGUUCCGGUCAUAGGGGGACACGCUGGUAUCACCAUUUUACCGCUGCUGUCAAAGACGAAACCCACUGUUAGCUUUACUGAUGAAGAAGUGGAGCAACUAACUGUCAGAAUUCAAAAUGCCGGGACAGAGGUUGUGGAGGCAAAAGCAGGUGCAGGGUCUGCCACCCUGUCCAUGGCCUAUGCAGCCGCGAGAUUUGUCGAAUCAUCCCUUCGCGCUUUGGAUGGAGAUGGAGACGUCUACGAGUGCUCUUUCGUACAAUCCGAUCUGACCAAUCUUCCAUUCUUUGCAUCUAGGAUCAAGCUCGGAAGGAAUGGGGUUGAGGCACUUAUUCCAUCUGACCUCAUAGGGUUAUCCGAGUACGAAGAUAAGACAUUGGAAGCUCUUAAGCCAGAAUUAAAGGCCAGCAUCGAGAAGGGAAUUGCAUUCGUGCAGAAGCAACCAGUUACCGCUUAAAAACCCAAGUUUUCGACAUACCAAAACUAAGCCUCCUCUCGAGAGAGAGCCAGGCCUGCAUCAGUAGUUUCAGUUUUGCAGAAUCAAAGUUUUUUCGGUUUCUUUUUCCAAUUACAUCACAGAAUACAAAAUUUAGAAGGGCGUAUUGAUGUUGUUAACGACAAAAACAUAAACAUUUCUGAAUCAGAACUUUUGACAAUCUAAAAUAAAGGCUACAUUUCAACUUUCUUUUAA